AUGUCUCUUCUCUGUAUCUGCAACGGCUACGGUGAGAAGCAGCAAACGCAGCAAGAGCAGCAAGAGCAGCAACAGCAGCAACAGCAGCAACAGCAGCAAACGCAGCAAAAAGAAAAAGAAAAAACGGGCUUGCAUGCGGGCUGCCUGUUCGCCGUGGUGACCACUGGUCGCCUGGAGCUGGUCCUUGAAGAGCUGCACCAGACAACGGAGGAAAAACCCGUUUGGCUCGAAGUGUCGCUGCCGUAUAAGCCAGGCACGCAGCAGCAAGCCUGCGAUGUGAACAGCCCGCCGCCGUGGCUGCUUUCCGGCCAUUUCCCCCGCCUGGACUGGCGGCUGUGGUUUGUGCCGCUGCGGCUGAAGGCCGCGCUGAAGGGGGUGGUUGCUGGGAAGCCGCUGCUGCAGCAGCAGCAACUGCAGCAGCAGCAGCAGCAGCAGGCCCCGCUGCAGGCCUCCGCCGCUGCUGCGGAGGGCUGCUUCCAAACCAGGGGCCCCCCUCUUUCCCCUGAGGGGCCCCUGCAGCUGUACCCUUCUUUCUGGCAGCCUUUAAUUCAGCAAAUCAGCGCCAGAGAGCCCGCAGUGCUGCAGCUGCUGGGGCCCCAGGGGGAGGCGCUGAAACAGCUGCCGCCGCCGAUGGCAAUUCGAGUUUCGCUUUAUGACUACAGAAUGGCCCCGCCCGAGGGUUAUCCCCCUUAUGCUGCUUUCUUUCCCGAGGGAUGGAACCACCUCACGCCUCAGGAAAUUCUCAAGCUGGAAGCCGCUGUCCAUACCUGA